GUUCAAUCUCCGCCUGCGCAGAACUCGCAGUCUCGCGUUCACUUUACUGGCGCGUGCAGAGCGAGUUCAGUCUCGCGACCCUCAAAUCGCUACUGGGGAAGCGAGGUUUAGAAUCUUCGCUGUUACAGCGCGCGCGCGUUUCCUCUGGUUGAGUUUGAUCCAGCGCAUGUAGUGGAAUAUGGACCCGCAGAAAGUGACGGAGUUAAAGGCCUUCGUGCAGAUGUGCAAAGAUAAUCCAGCUGUGCUGCAUCUCCCAGAGAUGGGCUUCUUUAAGACCUGGCUGCAGGGAAUGGGAGCCGCUAUACCAACACCAACAAAGAAUAACGGUUCAUCAUGCAAGGGAAGCUGUCCAUGUGAUGGAGCUCGCAAACCAGCGCCAGAACCUGAACCAGCCCCUCCAUCUGAGAGUGAAGAGAGUGAAGUAGAAAUCGACAUGGAAGGUGUGAUUGAGCCCGAAACAGAUGAUCCUCAGGAGAUGGGCGAUUACGAGAACCUGGAGGUUACUGAUGAGAUGAUGGACCAGGCCAAUGAGAAAAAGAUUGAGGCCAUUGGAAUGUUAGGAGAUGGUGAUCUACAGAAAGCUCUUGACCUCUUCACAGAGGCCAUCAAACUCAACCCAAAACUGGCCAUACUUUACGCCAAAAGAGCCAGUGUGUUUUUAAAGAUGCAGAAACCCAAUGCUGCAAUCAGAGACUGUGACAGAGCCAUUGAUAUCAACCCAGACUCAGCCCAGCCUUAUAAAUGGAGGGGGAAAGCACACAGGUUGCUUGGGCAUUGGGAGGAGGCAGCUCGAGACUUGGCAAUGGCCUGCAAACUAGACUACGAUGACGAAGCCAGUGCCAUGCUGAAAGAAGUCCAGCCCAAGGCCAACAAAAUCAUAGAGCACCGGCGCAAAUACGAACGCAAGCGUGAAGAACGGGAGCUUAGAGCAAGACAAGAACGAGUGAAGAAAGCAAGGGAGGAGCAUGAGAGAGCACAAAGGGAAGAGGAGGCCAGACAACAAGCUGGAGGUGCACAUGGAGGGUUCCCAGGAUUCCCAGGAGGUGCUGGUUUCCCUGGUGGAGCUCCUCCAUUUGGAAUGCCUGGACUUAAUGAGCUAUUUAAUGACCCAGAGGUUCUCAUGGCUAUGCAGGAUCCUGAAGUGAUGGCAGCAUUCCAGGAUGUGGCGCAAAACCCCGCCAACAUCUCCAAGUACCAGAGCAACCCCAAGGUCAUGGCCCUAAUCAACAAACUCAGCUCCAAGUUUGGUGGCCAGCAGCCCUAAAGGGCAGCAUGUGUUAAUGAGAAUGAGUGAAUGGGGGGGGGGUCAAGUUCUAAUACUCUGAGGUAGCUUUUUCUCUCUGGUUUCCACAAGCAGUUGAAGUAGAGAUGCUGUUUUACCAGAGUCAUAACUAAUGGGGCUGGAGUCACUGAUGUGGGCCCUGAAUUGCAAGAAUUUGGUUUGUUUUCUUGAAGUUUUUUUGGGGGGGGUGAACUACUUUGUGGGCUUCACUGAGCUCAACACAGUUAGCACUAUAAGGGAUAGUUUACCCAAAAAUAAAAAUUCUGUCAUCAUUUACUCACCCUCAUGUUUUUUCUGAAUCCGUAUAACUUCUGUUUUUCUGGCAGUAUGUUAGUCUCAGUCACCAUUCAUUUUCAUUGUAUGGAAAAGAGAUGCAAUGAAAGUAAAUGGUGACAUAAUAUACUGUAUAACACUAACAUAUCUUGUGUUCCAUGGAAGAAAGUCAUCCAGGUUAGGUAAAUAAUGACAGAAUUUUUAUUUUUGGGUGAGCUAUCCCUUUAAGACCAUGAUCUUAAUCUCCUCACAUUUAAAAAUGUACAACGCAGAUGUCCUCAGUGCUGAAUUUGAUAAGCACUGCUCUAGUUGCUGCGUAGACUAACUGAAAUUAACAAAAGUGUGCACUUAACAGCCAACCAUUCCAGGGGAUUUAGUAUAAUUUUAAUGAUCAAUGUCAUCUAUUCAGUUAUUAGAACUGUAAUAGGGGUUAAGGUAUAUAUGGUUGUGGUGACGUUUUCUCCUAAACCCUUCUUGAUUCGAUUCAGUCAAACAUCAAACAUUGUGCACUUCUACAAGAUUGAUUUGGUCUAGUGGGAAACUCAAUGUGGCUUAAUCAUUCUCUAGAUCAAGAUGGUGUAACGUGAUUACAUAUUUCCAGUCUAAAGCAAGCAGUCAAUCACUUUCUGUUAGAUUUCAUAGGUGUUAUUUUUAAAGGUUUAUGAUUAAUACAUUUGUUGUUGUUUUUUAUCCUUGCCCUCAAUGUAACCUAACAUUUUUUUCUGUCUCUCAUCAAUUGCAAAAAAUCAGUGACAAAUUCAAUUUUGAAAGGCACUCUUUCCUUUUGUGAAAAUUUUGCAUCUAACAUUGAAUUUCAUGUUGAUUUAACUCAAUAAACAUUUUGGUUGUUGCAAA